UCGUACUCGACCCCCACUGCCUGUGUGCUGAACACAUGGUUGAGGACGGUGGACCUUGCGAUUGACUGCCUCAACCAGCUUUUAUCCUUGGAUUUCUCCAAUCCUGCCUCUACUGUAGCCAUUGAUGAGACUGCGCGUCUUCUGCCCGACUCUAGACUGCCAAACUACCUUUCAUUCGCCCUCAAUGAAUUCAUGCUGACAUUGCGUAUCUAUACCGACAGUUUUCCCAAUAUGCAGACGGAUCCAGAUGUUACACAAGACUUCGAAAGGUGGCUGCGGCGCUUCUUUUACCUGCUUAGUACGCCCAUUCUGGAGGAGUGCUUGAAGCGUUUGCCUCACUCGUUGCAAUUUCUCAUCUACUCGUUGCGCUUCCAGUCGAUCAAAGUGGCUGCUGUGUACGCACCAGAGAUCUUGGAGCCACCAAAGGCUCUCACUGAGGCCGAUGGGCAUCCUCUCCCGCUGAUUUUGCAGCACCUUGGAAUGGCCAUUGAAGCACUUGCCCCGAGCUUUUCUCUUCUUAGUGCCACCGAGCUACGCUCCUUCCAAACCGAUUUGGCACCCCUUGUCAUGCUUAUUCUCGACGUCUUACGCACAGCCAACGAGUACUUUGUCUGUGGUCUUGGGAAGGUCUCAAUGACUGAGUCCCCAAGCCUAUGGCUAGUGAAUAACGUUGCAUCAGUUCAGCGCAAAGUGGAGAAGCUGUUGCCAUUCCAAUUGAACAGCCUCCUCUCUACAGACCUAUCGCAGCUUGGUGCCUCUAGCGCGCGACGAAAAGUUACUUCGGGUGACCUUUGCUACCGGCUUCUUCACAGCUAUCUCAGUCCCUUGGAUGUGCGUUUAAUAAUUUCGUUUCGGCUCGACAUGAUCAGAGUUAAAGUCCUCUCAAAGCAGCUUGUAAACAAACACCAUUCCGAUCAAUUUGUUACCACCGUCAGCGAACAGUUGAGGAUCUCACUGUCCUGGCUGCAAAACCAUCUCAGCAUCUGUGGUGGCUGUGGUGAUGCUGAUUACAAUGACCCUCAAUCAAAGCACGAAGACUAUAAACUCAUCAUUUGCAUUGUUACACACCUUAUUGUGGUGCAGGGUACGCAGAAAGACUUGCUGUCUGAAUUUGGUAUCCAGAAUAUCCUCCGCGAAGCACUUGUGCUGCGUCGUGUUGUGAACUUACUCUAUGAUUACAUUGACAAAGAUGUGACCGAAGAGAAUUCAGAAUCGCUGUCUAUAGAAUUGCUCCCUUCUCUCUUACCGCUGGCUAGGGCUCUGCACUCCCUCUGUAUUAGUCUCCUUUCCAAGAUUUACAAGCCUUUCACCAAGUCGUCCACGCGACGCGUUCGGAGCAGGACGGGUGGUGGUAUUGAUGUUCUGUGUGCUGCUUUGCAAUUGCCUGAUAUAGAAGAGAACUUGGAUCCCCGUCGCAAUUUGCUUCGCUGGACGCGUAUAGUCCAGUCGCAAUUAAUUGGAAUCGAAAACUACCUAAAACGAAGCCUGCAUCAAAAUCGAGAGCUAGGAUUGGAUCAGAAUAUGGCAACGUGGAAAACAGAGGGUAUUGGUGUCGCCUCACCGUCUGGGGCUGGCGGACGUCAAACUGCUCCUCGGAUAGGAUUUACUGAGUGGUGUUGA